GUGGUUUGGCUGCAGAUCAGAUCUGUGUGCUGCAGCUCUAUGUUCCCCCUCACCCACUCUGCAGGCAGCUUAUCACAGCUCACACUGCUGCACUUCAUCACACACACUUGGUUCCAGCACAUGCACACACAGCUUUACCUUCAUCUCUGAGAGCCAAUCACAAAAAAAAGACUGAAGAUGGGGAAAAUUAACGGAUGCAUCAAAUGCCUCUUUAUCUUCUUCAAUGUGCUGUUUGCAAUCCUCGGAUGUAUGCUGAUGUUCGCGGCGGUGAAGGCCAGCGUCUACAGCCUCAUGUUUUCGCAGCUUGGAGGCCCGAGCCUGGUUUGGAUUUGGGUGUUUGCCAUCGGUGUCCUCGGCAUCUCCAUCCUGGGAAUCGUAGCAGCAUGCUACGAGAAAGAUCUCAUCCUCAGAAUAUUUGCAGGUUUCAUGGGGCUUGGAAUGAUCAUCAUGCUGAUCUUUGGCAUUGUUGUUGUUGUCGCAAGGAACAAGGUCAAAGAAAGUUUUGACAGCGCUGCCUCUGACUUGGGAAAGACCUUAAUGAACAACGAUGAAUCGAGAGCUAUUCUUGGGUCGAUACAGCAAAGUGCUCAUUGCUGUGGCCUGGGGGGCUCUGCGGACUGGGGCGAUGACAUCCCUGUCUCCUGUCAGUGCAGCCCUGAAGUAUAUCCUUCAUUUGGAGCAUCCACAUGUAAAGCCAAACCUCAGGGAUCCAGAGGCCCAGACCAAAUCUAUACAAAGGGCUGCGGUGAAUUCAUCUUUAUGUAUGUCAACAUCUUCUUCCAGAUCUGCAUGGGCUUCUGCUUUGGAUUUGCUGUCACUGCACUGCUGGGCCUGCUGAUCACCAUCCUGAUGAUCCAUCAGGUCAAACGGUACGACAGCUCCGGAGGAACAUCCAUCGCCAUGAAGGGCUAUUAAAAGAAAACCUUCACCCCUGACCCCUCACCUUUACCUCUGCACUGUAAUAUGAGGACUCAGUGGUCAAUACAAGACCUCUUCUUAUUUACUUUUUAACGCCAUUCAUGAUUUCUAAGAGAGGGUAAGCAGGGUAGGCAGGAGAUAGAGGGACGAUGUGGCAUGCUGCAAGACGAUUUCAUUUUAUGGGUUUUGUGCUGCCUCACAGAAGUAUUUGUACUUUCAGCUUUCUAUUGUAGAGAAUAUCGCUUGACUAGCAAACAUUUAUUUUUUUGUGAUUUAUUGUAUCAAUUUUGUGUUAUUUGAUGGAAUGCAGUAAUCUCAUGCAACAGAGACAUAGUGUACACAAGAAGCGGUCACUAUGCUCAACAUUCACCACAUGUGACUUAUCUUUAUUAACCCGAGGAGGUCAUAACAUCCAGUGUGUUCAAAAAACAACAGUGUAAUAGUUUAGCCAAAAAUAGCAGUGAAGUUUAUGAUGAUGAAUAAUUUUAUUUCAGUUACCAUACUGUACAUGAAAGAAAAAAUUAUUUCCCACAAUUUGCCACUGUAGCUAACCGAAAAAGGAAUAGGCUGAAGCCAAGGCUUAUUGUUGUCUAUCCUAUAAUCCCCAUAGAAUAACCCAGAAAUACAACAAAACUAAAUUAAUCUAAAUACACUCCUAGUCAUUUUACAUUUUAAUCAAAUUACUUCAUAACCCUUAAUUAUUUUAGAUUGUAAAGCAUUUUUGAAAGUUCAUCUAUCUUUGCGAAAUUGGACUUGCUAGAAGUUUGGUGAUGCAAUUUACUACUUGUCAGGCGAGCUAGUUGCUAACACGCUAGGCAGCCAGGAACAUGCUUGCGCUAUUCGGCCCCAUAGUUUUUCCAGCUGAAUGUCUGGAUUGGCAACUGUCAUUUAGCUUGAGGUCACUCCGUUAGCUGUCAGCAAGCUAGCUAACUCUUUCACUGACUGGCCAAUAAGUUUACAUAGUUUAUGCUUAAGACAUCUGUACCACAGGAGGUUAAAUGAAAGUAAGGGUGCAACGCAUCUAUUAGGCUCAUAGGAUAGUUUCUUUCACUGUUAAAAUGGUUUCCUUUUGGUCAACAGCCUGAAUUUGUACCUCAAAAGUCUACUUCAUUGAUUGAUUUUGCUGCAAAAUGUAGCUGGUUUAGGGUUUGGUGUUACCAGACCUUUAGUCAGAGUAAAAUAAAUUGAUUUCGGUUUUAUAUGUGUCCAGUAUAGAGUUGGGUCCAGGACUUGUUUAGCCUGGCUUAGCACAAAGACUCAGAGUAGGGGGAACUGUCAGCCACAGCUUUAAAACUCUUGUUGGACAAAUUGUCAGGGCUACUAUUGCUUUAAUCCAAUUUCUAAACCUCCACGGGUUGUCUGUGUGUUUGUGAAAAAAUAAAUAAGGACAAUGUAUAUGUAUAUGUAUUCCUGUGUAUGUAAAGCGCUUCUAUAAAUCCGGACAUUUUCAAAAGUUGUUUUUCUGUAGGGCGCAGGUAAUCUUGAGGAAAUUUAAAUCCCAACAGUUGCUGCAAUGGCAACACAAAUUAGAGCAUAUGUUUUAUAGAAAAAGCAUCUGCGUCGGUGCAAUUGUUCAUGUAGAGGCAAAUUUAAGAUAAGAUCACAUAGCUCAUUUCAUUUCAGUUUCACUGAGGCUCAGGGUUUUCAGAUCUCCCACAAGCAGUGAACACCCCACCACCAAUAAAAACAAAAAGGGACAAAUGAUUUAAAUGGAAGACAAAUACUGGAACAGGAACUAGUUUUAUUGUGAAAUCUACACUCAUGUCCUUUCAGAAUAAACUCUAGAAUAUGGUCAUA